AUGGAUUAUUUUGCUGCAAAAAAGAAUCGAACAAUGAUUUAUUUUCUAUGGGUGAUACUGCCAUACACUAUCAAAAGUAUAACUACCAAUAUUUCAACUUGUCCUAAUCAACAAUGGAUUGAAGAAUCUCUCAAGAAAGGUCAUGUUCCAGGUGCAGCAAUUGUUGUAGUAAAUGCUACUCAUAUAAUCUAUCAACAAGCCUUUGGCUAUCAGUCUCUGUCACCACAACAGCCUAUGGAUGUUAACAAAUCUAUUUUCCCUCUUGCUUCGAUCUCGAAAACAUUCAUUGCUGCUGCUGUUAUGCAACUUGUUGAGCAAGAACUGGUCGAUCUUGAUACCGAUGUUAACAUAUAUCUAUCAGAACCUAACAAACGUAUUUUCCAUCCACAUUAUCCAAAGCAUUCAAUUACUUUACGCAAAUUACUCUCACAUUCGGCUUCGAUUUACAUCAGUGAUCUAGUACAGUAUACCUAUUUUCAACCCAAUGAUGAUGCAUUUAAUGAAUCUUUAGCUGACAUGUGUUUCAAAUAUGUGAAUCCGAAUACAUCGAAUUGGUUGCCAAAACCACCAGGUACCAUGACAUCAUAUUCUAAUGAAGGCCCAACACUAGCUGCAUUAGUUGUUGAACGAGUUUCAAAUAUGUCUUACAUCGAUUAUGUCAAAGACAAAAUAAUUAAACCAUUGGAUAUCGAUAUCAACAAAGUUGGCGUACGACUGUCUGAUUUUGCAAAUAUCGAAGAUCUUGUAAAGCAUUAUAUCUAUGCAACUAAUAUGUCUUAUGUCAGCGAAUUGAAUCAUCUAUUUCCACAAUUGAAUAUUACACAAAUACAGAAUGACUUUCCUUCUUGGGUUUAUAUUUCACAUUUUGGUUUGAGCGCCUAUCCAGCUGGUCUCUUACGAAUGUCGGCUGGUACCCUAUCCAUAUAUCUUCGUAUGUUUCUCAGCAAUGGAUUUCCUAUUCUUCGUCCGCAAUCUAUUGCUGAAAUACGAACCGUGGUAGGUGGUUGUCUCAUACCACCAUAUAAUCCAGAGUGGAGUAAUAAUUCUACGGAAUUACCACCAUCCGAAGAAUUUGGUCUUAGUUGGUAUUGGCAAACGAUGAAAGAUGGUCGUCGAUAUAUUGGUCAUAGUGGUUCACUGCCAGGCAUGUCACACUUGAUGCUGGUCAAUGAAAAGAAUACUUUAGGUGUAAUUCUUCUUUCGAAUAUAGAUAUCGGUUUAACAGAAUAUCCGUUACCUGAAAUGAGUGGGAUCCGAUGUUGUGUUCGUUCUUCUGGCGGACUGAAGUAUGCAUGUGUAUAA